GGCGCCGUCCACACCAGCACACUCCAGGCCCAUCCCUCCCCCGCCACACUACAGGCCCUGCCCCAAACCCGUUCACCCCCGGCCCUCCCCAGGCCCCGCACGCAAACGGCCACGCCUUCUCCCGGCCCAGCCCUUUUCCGGCCCUCCCCGGAACCGGCCCUCCCGCGGCACAGCCAUCUUCCGGCUGCGCCCUCACCCGGCCCCACGCUCCGUCGGCCUUCUCUCAGUAUCAAGACACAAGAGUACACGUAGAGACUUGGAGAGGUUUCAUUAGAUUCAUGGUUAUAAAUUCACCGAUAACCGGAAAUAAAUCCUAACCUCUGAACUGAAAAGAAGGAAGGCACGUUUUUCGCAUCCGGUUCCGGUUCAGGGAAGAAAGGCGCUUAAAAAGCAACGGGAACGAAUUGUGUGCCAAAUGAUGUUGCGAGGGCCGAUCUUCCAAGUAAUCCAUCAGCUAGUGCGUCAUCGAGUCACUGAUGCCUCCUCACUCAUACUGGAGAGAUCCUUGAACCGGGUGCAGCUGCUCGGCCGUGUUGGGCAGGACCCUGUGAUGCGACAGGUCGAUGGGAAGAAUCCUGUUACAAUAUUCUCUUUGGCAACAAAUGAGAUGUGGCGAUCAGGAGACAGUGAUACCUUCGCAUCAGGUGACAUCAGCCAGAAGACAACAUGGCAUCGAAUUUCCAUAUUCAGACCAGGCUUGAGGGAUUUGGCGUAUCAGUAUGUGAAGAAGGGGGCGAGAAUUUAUGUGGAGGGGAAACUAGACUAUGGUGAAUACGUGGAUAAGAGCAACGUUCGGAGACAGGCAACUACUGUGGUGGCAGAUAAUAUAAUAUUUUUAAGUGACUCUAUCAAAGAGAAGGUCUAGCCAGAAGGUCUCCCCCACCCCUCAGACCUGACCUUUAAUUAUUUUCUAUCUCUCUGUUUAUCACUGUCAAUUGGACUCCAGCAUUGGGGUGUAUUGUUGUUACUUUCUCAAUGGAUCAUGUGAAUUUUGAUAUUUUGAUUAUCGUUCAGUGUGCUGAGAUUGCAAUAAAGCGAUAGUUGAUCACUU